CCUGGCUUGACGUGCAAUGUCUGUUCGCGUGAUUCCCUUUUUUUGUUUUCUCGCUCUAUCUGCUGCAAGGGUGUUUGAGUGUCCAUUAUCUUCGGUGGUGGACUUGCUUCAAGGGACAUGCGAAACGAGCCACCGUGCACCAUGUUCUCCAGGAAGUAUCACUGAUAAAGCUGCAUGUGUAGAGGAUCACAUGUUUAUUCCAGGGAUGGAUGAUUGUUAUGAGCCUCGACUGCCUCAUCCAUCUCCGAUGUCAUAUCGCCUUAAUGUUCGCUGCAUCACUUUUGUUCUCUUUCUUGAGCUUUUGAUUGCCGUUUGCGUGUUAUUUGUUCUUCAUUUCUUGACGACAGCCACGAUUGUAUGUUCAGCAGAAUGAUGUCUAAUUUAGGAGUUUGUAUCUCUUAUGACCCGAUCAUUCUGGGAAUGAGGGAAGAGG